AUGACUACCAACACUGUUAAAACUCCCGUCAAGAAAACUAGCCUGAAAGCAGCUAAGGUAGAAUUUAAAUAUGCUCGAGAUACGACAUGUAAAUUCAAGUUUGGUGCUCACGUUGCUAUGGCAGGUGGCAUUUCGAAAGCAUUGACUAAUGCAAUGAACAUUGGAGCCAACAGUUUUGCAUUAUUUUUGAAAUCUCCAAGAAAAUGGGUCUCCCCCGACAUCAAGGAAGAUGAAGUUGCAAAGUUUGCACAACUAUGCAAAGAAUAUGGGUAUAACCCAAGAACUGAUAUUUUGCCACAUGGAUCUUACUUUAUCAAUUUGGCCAAUCCAGAUGCUGAAAAAGAAGAGAAGGCGUAUGGUUCUUUCUUGGAUGAUUUAAAGCGUUGCGAGAAGCUAAAUAUCGGAUUGUACAAUUUCCACCCUGGGUCCAGCUUGGAUGGAGACCAUAAGGAAGCAUUAAAAAGACUCGCUGAUAAUAUAAAUAGGGCAAUCAAGGACACGGAAUUUGUGAAGAUUGUUAUCGAAAAUAUGGCUGGCCACGGCAAUUUAAUCGGAUCGAACUUACAAGAUAUCAAAGAAGUAAUCGACAUGGUGGAGGAUAAGAGCAGAGUUGGAGUCUGUAUUGACACCUGUCACACAUUUGCUGCAGGUUACGAUAUUUCAACCCAAGAGAAGUUUGAUGAGUUCUUCAAGUCAUUUGAAGACAUCAUUGGCUGGGAAUACUUGAGUGCAAUCCACUUAAACGACUCCAAGGCGCCAUUAGGAGCCAACAGAGAUUUACACCAGAAACUAGGUUACGGGUUUCUAGGACUUGAAGUAUUCAGAAUUAUUGCCAAUUGUCCUAGGCUUCAAAAUAUUCCUAUAGUUUUAGAAACUCCUGUUGAAAAAGACGACACAGUUUAUGGAGAAGAGAUAAAGCUACUUGAAUGGUUGCAAGACAAAAAAGCCGACGAUGCAGAAUAUAUAACCAAACUGGAGGAGUUAUCGAAGCUUGGUGCGAAGGAGAGAGCAGAACACUUGAAAAAGUUUGAAACAAAGACUUCCAAGGCAGCAAAAGCAAACUCCAAGAGAGCACCUCAAGGUGACAUAGGUGACAUGUUGUCUAAGAAGAAAAAGACUUAG